AGGCGGUUUUAAGGGUGUAUUAAUUCAUAAUUUUGAAAUUUAUAUUUAAUCUUCAUCCUACCGAAUUCAAUUUGGUACUUCCAGACAGCACUUGGGCGACGAACCUAGACUAUGUGACUACACCGGCCGGUACUACUGCAUGGCAUGCCAUUGGGGAGGGCGAGCCGUGGUGCCGGCACGGGUGGUCCGGAACUGGGACCUGGAACCUCGGCCCGUUUGCCAGGCCGCGUUGCAACAGUUGCGAAUCACAGCCCAUCGACCGAUUAUCAAUCUGGAGAAGAUAAAUCCGAGGCUGUUCAGCUUGGUGCAAGAGUUGGGAUUGGUGAAGAGAUUGAGGACAGAACUGAUAGGAAUGAAAAAGUACCUAACAGUCUGCCGGAAAGCCACAGAAGACCACGUCCUCUGGAAACACGUGGACGCUCCCCACCUUAUCGACUCCCUGGACAUGUACAGCUUGCAAGACCUAGUUGAUACCAAUUCGGGAGAGCUGCCUUUCAAACUCCAUUCACUGGUAGAGAUUUUCUCAAACCAUAUUAAAGUCGAUUGCGAGAUUUGCAAGGGUAGAGCCCAUAUUUGUGUUAUCUGCCUGUGCAAUGAGGUGGUAUAUCCCUUCGAUACCACGGGACAUACUUGCAGUAAUUGCAAUUCAGUUAUGCAUAAGGUGUGCUAUAAUCGGAAGAACCAGUGUCCUAAGUGUCUUAGGAUAAAGAGUCGAAUGGAGGAGGAGCAAAAUAAUAAUCAGAAAGAGAAUGAGGAAGGUACAGAUUAGUUAUAGUUUUAAUGUGUUCCAUUUUGUUUGAGGUGACUUUUAUACGGUUGUACUAUCAAUAGAUAUAUUUAUUUUAUAAGUUCAAUGUCUUCCUCUUUCCCAUAUAUUUCAGAGUGGCUAGCCUAGAACUACGUGUCUUUGAAUUUAUUUGUUGAAUGCGCAAAUAGCAAAUGUAUUCUGGAGCAAUUAACUUCACAAGUCUAUUAGGAAAACAUCUAGACAUCGACUACUCUCGUUCUAGAUAUUUGCCUAAUAAACUUGCGAAGUUAUAUCCUAUAGUUUUCCUCUACGCGUUUCUGUUAUCCUGAUAAGAAAAAUCACUUAAGACCAUUAUGAUUAUGACAUUGUAUGAUUGAAACAAUAGGAUACGAAGAAUGUGAAGACUUUCGCUGCUAACCUCUGAUUUGCAGAGUAACCCAGAUACGGCAGUUUUUAUUUUCAAUAAAUUUUUUUAGGC